CCCGGACAGGGGCGCGGGCGGCAGGCAGGGAAACAAUCUGUACCAGAUGUUGGAGAGACUUGUGCGUUACCUUUUCUCCGUGUCUUCCUCCCCUCUUCCCUCCUUCUCAACUCACAUCUACCAGGCCACGGGCCCCGGCUUUGACGACGAAGACGAGAGCGACGCGGACGAGGAGGGGAACAGCAACAACAUCAAGACCUUCGACAAGAAGGACUUCGCGUGGGUUCUCCGCCAUCCGUGGCAGAGCUGGCGGGAGCGCUAUCGGAACCACGCCGACGCGUUCGACAGGCGCAUCGCGCAGAUCAUUGCAGACCACGAGGCCAACUAUAAUGAGGAGUACGCGAACCCGCAUGGGAUGGACCACCGUGACCGGCGAAACGGGCCUGUGGGACGGCAUAUCAAAGUUGGCGCGGUGCGCGAGGAUGGGGACGGGGGCAGUGAGAGGGCGGUGAGAAGGCCAUCGGCUAGGUCAGCGUCGAUGUCGAGGUCACCGCAGCGGCCGAUGGCGAAGAAGCGCCCGAGAGAGUCGGAGUGGUCUAGGGCUUCGCAUCCGAAGCGGCAGCGUCUCCAGGAAGAAGAGGAAGAAGAAGAAGAAGCCGAGCAGGCGGACGAACGGCCCAGGAAGAGGAAGAAAGCGCAAAAUCAAGAUGAAGGCGCCGUUGGCUCCGACGUCGAACUGCCCCGCUCGGCUGAGGAAGCCCGUGCUCGCGCUCGGGCGAAGAGAAAGGCUGGGUAUAUCGAUAUAACCGAUGACGAGGGCAGGCCUGAGGAGAACGUGCACGGUAGGCAGGAGUCCGAGGACUUCCCGAUCGAUGUAGACGCCGACCUGGAGCGACCCGAAUCACCGAUGGGCGCGGCCCACCAAGAUGUCGAAGAUGAAAACGAGCCGCUGCGCACACAGGCUACGCUUGUUGGCACGUCUGCUGCGCCAAAGACCAGGCUCCCUGCUCCUCCUCGGGGCUCGCCAACACGGCCGUCAAAUUCUCGCAAGCGUCGGGAGCCUGUCCAGGAUGAUGAGCGCCAUUCGUCGCCCAGAGCUCCAUCACCCACGCUCGUCGAGAGGCCGCAGAGGGAGCAGAGGCCGCUGCCAAGACCUCGACGAGCUCCUCAGGUGCCCGAGCCCGAGCCUGAGAACGAGCAAGAAGCAGAAGCCGAGGCCGACGGCGAGCUGGAGGUAGAUGUAGAGAUGGAGGCGGAACCUCAGCCGGAGCCUCAACCCGAAGCCCAGCCACGCACAACCAGACGCACCACGCGCCGCUCCGUCUCUCGGGCCCGUUCCCGUUCCCGAUCUCGCUCUCGCUCGCAGCCGCGCGUCCCGCCAACGCCUCGCAUGACUCGUGCGAGGUCGCGGUCACAGUCCCAGGCGCGGGCGGCUCCAGCUCAGACGCAGACGCAGAGUACUAUGCGCGUGACGAGGGCACGGUCGAGGUCGCAGUCUCAGGAGCCGCAGGCUCAGGCUCGGGAGCAAGCACUUGCCAAUCCGACACGAGGGAGGGGCAGGGGUCGCGCAGGGGCGCCGGCGCCGGCGCUUGAAGAUAUUCGCGAGAGUCCGAGCCCUCAGAAGAAUCGAAGGCAGAGUCCAGAGGCGAAGCUAGAGGCGGAUGCUAGUGUAGAUUCAGGCUCGAGCGCGUCACGAUCGGCCCGCGCACAAGUAUCGGUUCCGCCUGUGGAGACGCUGGACGCUGACGACCUGCAAGCGGUCGAGGCUAUGCUGCAAGCAGAGGUCGAGGAAACGCAGAGCGCUGAAGUGCAGGAGAUGGAGGAUGAGCUGAAGCAGGAGGACGUGGACGUGGACGAGUGGGAAGAAAGGGAGAGGGAGGUCAGCACGCCCUCGGACUCGGACGAUGCACGGACGCACCGCUUCUUGCAUCCGCACGUGCGCAGUCCCGCGCCGUCCCCGAGCUCGCCUCAGCGCCCUAGGCGUCGUGAGAGCACCAGGCCGCGAGAUUGGUCGCCGUUGCCCAUUCCGCAACCGCUGGAUCUGGACUCGGACGAUGACGAAGAUGAAGACAGUGACGAAGAGCUCGUGCGGGAUGUACGGGGACCGUCGUUUUCUAUAUCUGACAACACCGCACGCGAGAGAGGGGAGCAAACGAGCUUUGCGAGGCUUAGGCAGGGAGGGUUGCGUACUCCGCAGCAGGCGAUGUCUGCUUCUGCGUCUGGGGCUGCUGCGUCUAACGCACAGCGCCGGCCAGGCAAGGGCAAGGUCGAGGUGGUUAUCACGACUUCGCCGCACGGCAGGCGCUCUCAGGGGAAGCCGCCUUCUCGGUCGAACCCGCCGUCGCAAGCGCAGCAGCGCGUGCUUCGUUCUGGCGUCAAUGUGCCCGCGAGAGCGGAGCCGGAGUUCCCGUCGCCGGGGACGAAGGCGCGCGAGGUGCGUGAUGGGAUGGAGGAGGCGCUGGAUGCGUUGCCGUAUGUUCCGCCGGAGAAUACGAGGGCUGCGAGGGCUCUGAGGUCGAGGAACGUUUAGGCGUUUGGGGAUGAUUGAGGUGUAAGUUUUACCCGAUGAUUUACUUUAGAGGCGUUUAGUCUUUUACUUUGUACUAUAACUUUAUAUCUAUUAAUUGACCUGUCGCAUAUCG